UAGAAGAAAGUCAGGCAGACACACGCAGACACACGCAGACACGACACGCACCACUGGGAGACCAGAACUCCUGGCUGCCACAGCUCCACCAAAGGGUGGGGAGGAAGAGAGGAGUGCCCCAGAGUCCAGAGGAGAGGCAGGUGUGUGCAGGUACAACACCUGGAUCAUGAGGGCAUCCUUCUUCUGGCUCCUCCCACUUCUCCUCAUCUUGGCCUCAGUGGCCCAGGGCCAACCAACCAGACCAAAGCCCGGGGUUCGGCGGAAACCCAAACCAAGGCCCACGCCCAGCUUCCCUCAGCCCCAUGAGCCAGCAGAGCCUACAGACCUGCCUCCACCCCUUCCCCCUGGCCCUCCAUCUGUCUUCCCUGACUGUCCUCGGGAAUGCUACUGCCCCCCUGACUUCCCAUCAGCCCUCUACUGUGACAGCCGAAACCUUCGCAAGGUCCCUAUCAUCCCGCCCCGCAUCCAUUACCUUUACCUGCAGAACAACUUCAUCACGGAACUCCCUCUGGAGUCUUUCAAGAAUGCCACCGGCCUGAGGUGGAUCAACCUAGACAACAACCGAAUCCGCAAGGUGGACCAGAGAGUGCUGGAGAAGCUCCCCGGCCUGGCAUUCCUCUACAUGGAGAAGAACCAGCUGGAAGAGGUGCCGUCAGCUCUGCCCCGGAACCUGGAACAGCUGAGGCUGAGCCAGAACCACAUCUCCAGGAUCCCGCCCGGUGUGUUCAGCAAGCUCGAGAACCUGCUGCUCCUGGAUCUACAGCACAAUCGGCUGAGUGAUGGUGUCUUCAAGGCCGACACCUUCCAGGGCCUCAAGAACCUCAUGCAGCUCAAUCUGGCCCACAACAUCCUGAGAAAGAUGCCACCCAAAGUCCCCACGGCCAUUCACCAGCUCUACUUGGACAGCAACAAGAUUGAGACCAUCCCCAGUGGAUAUUUCAAGGGCUUCCCCAACUUGGCCUUCAUCCGCAUGAACUACAACAAGCUGUCUGACCGAGGGCUUCCCAAGAACUCCUUCAACAUCUCCAACUUGCUGGUGCUCCACCUGUCACACAACAAGAUCAGCAACGUGCCGGCCAUCAGCAACAAGCUGGAACACCUGUACCUCAACAACAACAGCAUCGAGAAAAUCAACGGGACCCAGAUUUGCCCCAACAACCUGGUGGCUUUCCACGACUUCUCCUCGGACCUGGAGAAUGUGCCGCACCUGCGCUACCUGCGGCUGGACGGGAACUUCCUGAAGCCACCCAUCCCACUGGACCUCAUGCUGUGCUUCCGACUCCUGCAGUCUGUGGUCAUCUAGGCCGUGCCCAGAGCUGGACCCCCUCUGACAGCACUUGAAGGCUGGUGGCCCAAGCCCUGGUGUCCACCAUUUUUCUGUCUCCCUCUCUUGUUCCCAGCUCUGCCUUUCUUCUCAUCCCUUUCUGUGGAUGGGAAAUGCCAUGUGUCCUGCUCCAGCUCUAAAGCAAGAUUCCCCACCCAGUCCAAAGACACCCUGCCAGCCGAAACCUCUGGUCUUCUUUGGUCUCCCUUUGCUUCAGACACAGGAGUUUGCCAACAGAUGCAGCCCCUCCCUCUCCUGGGUAAGGCCAUGGACUGAUAGCUUUUCUUAGUCAAAUAAGAAGUAGAAGCCAUCCCAGAGGUGGCCCCUGGAAAGUUCUGCUGAGAACCCCUCCACCUUGGGCAUCUCUGCCUCAAGAAGGCUGACAAACCCAAGUAUCCUGGGCCAAGAACCCUUCUUCCAAAACUAUUUCUCUGCCACCCUGUUUCCUGACACCAGGCAUCACCGUGCUCUCUGACACCUCACAUUCUCCAGGAAGGAAGUGUGAGCAAAUGAUUGAGGUGCGGUGAAGGGUCAAGGUCCCCCCACAAGUGUCUCCAUCAGCCCUUCCUCCUCCGCGCCAAGCACAGCACACACCCUCUUGGCUGGGCCUCAGAGAGGAACAGCCAGGGAGAAGAGUGGUUCAAGGAACUAGAAUUUAACUAAUGAGGAGUGGCUGGGGGUCAGAGCCCCAGAAUGGGCCCUACAGACUCCCUGACCCAAACUUGACAAGAGACCCAAGGCCCUGGCGGGUAGUGUUUCCAGUGGAAGGCCAAGAGGCGGCAUCCCAGAAUCGUCUGCUCUCUAUGACGUACAUGAGCCAGUCAGUGUCCCCCACCCCACCCCUUGAGAAACAGGGAAAAAGGGGUGGAGCACCUGGAAAUCUCCCAGAAGCCUCUUUCACGCUGGGGAUCAGUCCCCACCUCUAAAGCAGACUCGGCGGUGACAUCUGGUGGCUGGUGGAGGUCACAGCCGAUGCCGCUCUCCUCGAGGUGAUGUUGUAAAACAACUUCCAUGGGAGAAGAGGCCCAUGGGUGAUGGGCUUAGUGUCUCUCUCCUUAUGGGUCUAAGGGAAGGGCAGAGGUGGGGGUUCAUUCCCAUCAUGAGCCAGCAGGAAUGAGAAGGCUUUGGGAGUCUAAGGGAAGCCAGUUUGACCUUGGCCUUGUCUGCUCUCUUGCUCUCAGCCUCUGCAUUUGUUCUCAGGCAGUAGGUGGGAUGCUCCUCCAAGGUCCUCUCAGCUGUGUUGCAUGCCUGUGCACACCCUUCUAGAGCACACCUAACGCAGGACAAGUGGUGUUACCCCGCCCCCUUGCAGUAAUUUAUUCCCUGCACAAAUACCCCUCCAUCAAAGACAUCCUAGCCCAGGUGAGCAACUUGGCAGGUUUCCGAGAACCUGGGUUUCUGGCCUUUCCUGUCCCUUCACCUCCCUCUAGGGGAGGCUGCACCUGCCCUGCCACAGUUCCCUGAGUGUAUGAGGAGGAGGAAUGUGGGGAGGGGAAUGUUCUAGAAGUGAGUGAAACAUAGGGCCCACCUCAUUAGGAUGGGGAGGCUCUGGAGGUUUCUGUAUCUCCCCACAACUGUUUCAAGACAUCGGACUAGGCUGGGCCCCAAUAGUCCAGAAAUCCCAUUCAUAGUCUUGAUCGCAUUUCUCAUCUGCUCAUUAUUGGAAAUAGAGCCCACUUCACACAGCCUCUUUCCCCCUUGCUGUGCGACUUCCUCGUUCUUCCUAGUUGCAGCUGGUCUCUCCAAGGCUCCUGCUCAAAGUCAAUACAGUAUUACGGCUGAAAGCGACCUGGUGCUAUGGCCUGGACAAGCCCCUUCUGCAUCUAUGCACAACCUGCAGCCUCAGCCUCUUUGGUGAGGCCCGCAGGGAGCACAGCUCCUGUGGCUGCUAGGGAUGGGGGUGGGCACUGAUCUGCAGAGCUAGCAGUCACACCAUUGGCUGGAACAUGCCAGCUUCCCACACUGCUCUCUGCAGCUGCCAGCUAAAGGGGCUAGAGUUAAACUGGCUUUAUAGGAGACAGACAGACAGACAGACAGUGUGCUAGUUUACCUUUGGGUUUAGAAAGCCCCUUCUCACACGAGUUCAUUCACUCAGCGCCAUUGGCAACUACACAUGCAGGUGCAUGCAUAGGUGUGUGCGUGCGCGCUCUGUACAUCGUAUCUAUUCUGUUAAAGACCAUGUUAACUCUGAUACAGCUUUCACAUUUCGACAAGCUUCAUGGCAAAGGAAAUAAAGUCAUAUGGAAAAACA